AUUGACGGGUGGUACGAUUGGCGACAGUGGAUGUGACCGUUCCAGCUGUCUAAUGUCAAAAAACUGUUAACCUACAAGUGUUAACUGCGUUGUUUUUAUUACUGUUUUGUUUAGAUGUAUAUUAUGACAUUAAAAAGGCCAUUUUCCAUGUAAUAACGAUGGCCAGUAUAAACAAAUCUUUCCUUUAUGGAAUCUGUUUCGCCUCAAUUACGUGGAUAAUAUCGCUAUAUUUAUACAUAAAUCUUACAAAUAACGAGCCUACAACCACCCACAUACCUUUUAAGUUUGCAAAAACUGGCCAUCCUUUAAACAGUUUUGAUCGUGAUUAUAAAGUUUCAAAAUCGUACAGAUUAAGAAGGAAAUUCUUCAAUCAAGGCACUAACAGCAAACAACUGAUAAAUAAGCUACAGCCCGUGUACCCAAAAUUAAGUACAGAUAAGAAUGAACUGAGCCAACUUGGCCUAGUUAAAAACAUUGAUGAUCAGAGAAAGAAAGACGAAGGUUACAAGAAGCACGCUUAUAAUGUUUUGAUAAGUGAGAGAUUAAGUUAUCACAGGGACGUGCCAGACACGAGGAACGAGUUGUGUAAAAAUAUUUCAUACUCUGCUGAUUUGCCAACAGCUGCAAUUAUUAUUUGUUUCUACAAUGAACAUUAUUACACUCUUUUGAGAACCGUUCAUUCAAUUAUUGACAGAACGCCAGCUUCAGUACUAAAAGAAAUUCUCCUGGUUGAUGAUUUUAGUGAUCUGGAAAAUUUACACGAAAAUCUUUCAACCUACAUUACCAAAAAUUUUGAUGACAGGGUUAAAUUAAUAAAAACUGAGAGGAGGGAAGGUUUAAUUAGGGCACGGUUGUUUGGGGCCAGGAGGACUAAGCAGGAUGUGAUAAUAUUUUUAGACAGCCACAUUGAAGUGAAUGUUGGCUGGAUUGAACCGUUAUUGCAACGGAUUAAGGAUAAUUACACCAAUGUCGCAAUGCCUGUCAUUGACAUUAUUAACGCCGACACUUUUGCCUACACAGCUAGCCCUCUAGUCAGGGGAGGCUUCAACUGGGGCCUCCAUUUCAAAUGGGAAAAUUUACCCAAAGGCACUUUAUCUACAAAAAUGGAUUUUAUUAAGCCAAUUAAGUCGCCGACGAUGGCGGGAGGUUUGUUUGCCAUGAGCAGGAAAUAUUUUACGGAUUUGGGCGAAUACGACGCUGGGAUGAAUAUAUGGGGUGGCGAAAAUUUGGAAAUUUCAUUCAGGAUAUGGAUGUGUGGUGGGCGCCUUGAGUUGAUUCCCUGCAGUAGAGUGGGGCACGUUUUUAGGCAAAGGCGCCCAUAUGGGGCCCCUGAUGGGCAGGACACAAUGCUGCACAAUUCUCUCAGAGUCGCAAAUGUCUGGAUGGAUUCUUACAAGGAGUAUUUCCUGAAUCACCGUCCUGAUGCGAAAAGGAUUGACUUUGGCGACGUUUCGUCACGAGUUCAGUUGAGAAAAGAGCUAAAAUGCCACGAUUUUGACUGGUACUUGAAGAAUGUGUACCCAGAGUUGGCUCUGCCCACUGAUAAUGAAGAGAGAUUGAAGAAAAAAUGGACAGCUUUGGAGAGCGAUAAAUUCCAACCGUGGCAUUUGCGAAAACGGAAUUACGUCGAUCAGUAUCUGAUGAGAUUAUCUAAUACCUCUUUAUGUGUUCAAGCAGCUAAAGAUAUAAAGAGCAAAGGCAGUAAUCUAGUUUUGAGGAAAUGUGUUAGAACGAAGAACCAAAUGUGGUACCAAAGUGAUAAAAAUGAGUUGGUUUUGGGACAACUGCUUUGCUUGCAAGCCGGUAAGAAGCUUCCUAUUUUGUACAAGUGUCACGAAAUGGGCGGAGAUCAAGAGUGGAACCAUAAGGGAGAGAACAAAUCUGCGAUUUAUAACAUAGCUGCAGGCACAUGUCUAGGAGCAGAAGAACAAAAACUUGGCGCUUUUAUAACAAUGAAGCUAUGCUCAGACCCGAAUUUAAUUAGUUGGGAUAUUGUAAGGUGAAAAAGAUUGAUUAUUUUUGACGUUUCUAAAAACCAAUAGAAAUUUUUAAUUCUAUAGCCAGUUUGAUAAAACGUCAAAAAAUAAUUCAUCGGAACACAGGAGAAUUCGAUCAAUCAGAAAUUAGUUCCCCAAAUUUUUUACGAAAGUGUUGCCGUUUGGUAACUCAUUUUCCCAAAUUAUUUUUAAUUUAUUUGUUCUUUUGUGAUAAUCCUGUUGAAUAUUGUUUAAGACUGAUUUGCUAAUUAAGGCCACAAUCUUUUACAUAAUAAGAUUAACUCUUUACUGUUAUAUAUUUUGAUAAAUGUUUUGGUGUUAUUUUUUGCCCUUUAUAUAAAUAUAAAAUUGUCAUUGCUCUCUUGAAACGAACGAAUUCCAAUAAAAUAUUUUUUAAAGUA